AUGUGGCAGUUUGCUAAUGAGGGGACGCCCUGCACGGGCAGCACAUUGUCAGGGGGAAGAGGAAACUGAGACAGGCCGAGGGAGCGGUUUACGGUCUUUUCUGUCCUCCCAGCCAUGGAUAGGAAGCAGAAGCAAGAGGAGAAGGCCAGGCCCUACGGCCUGCUGAAGCCGACAGCUUUAGGCAAGGUCCCAGGCAGAUUCCAGCUUCACCAGGAAGCCUUGCCCCAUCUUCCCGUGCCGCCGCUCCAGCAAACUCUGGACCGUUACCUGCUGGCUCUGCAGCCCAUCAUCAGCGAGGAGGAGCUGAACCACACGCAGGAGCUGGUGGCUGAGUUCCGCAAGCCGGGAGGCGUCGGGGAGAGGUUGCAGAAGGGCCUGGAGAGAAGAGCCAAGAAAACAGAAAACUGGCUCUCGGACUGGUGGCUGAAGACAGCUUACCUGGAGUAUCGCCUCCCAGUUGUGGUCCACUCCAGCCCAGGUGUGGUUUUACCUAAGCAGGAUUUUCUGGAUCGACAAGGUCAGCUCAGGUUUGCUGCCAAGCUGAUCGAGGGCAUCCUGGAUUUCAAGACCAUGAUUGACAAUGAGACCCUCCCAGUGGAGUACCUGGGUGGGAAGCCCCUCUGCAUGAACCAGUACUUCCAGAUCCUCUCGUCCUGCCGCAUUCCCGGGCCCAAGCGGGACUCCAUUGUCAACUACGCCAAAGGCAAGAAGCAGUCCAGACACAUCACAGUGGUUCACAAUUUCCAGUUCUUUGAGCUGGAUGUUUACAACAGUGAUGGAAGUCCCCUUACCACUGACCAGCUCUUUGUUCAGCUGGAGAAGAUAUGGAACAACUCCCUCCAAACAAACAAAGAGCCUAUUGGGAUCCUCACCACUAACCACCGUAACAGCUGGGCAAAAGCUUACAACAACCUUCUGAAAGAUAAGACCAACAAGGAAUCUGUGCGAACGAUUGAGAAAAGCAUUUGCACCGUCUGCCUGGAUGCGCCUAUGCCACGGGUGUCCGAGGACAUCUACAAGAGCCACGUGGCCGCUCAGAUGCUGCAUGGUGGAGGCAGUCGCUGGAACAGCGGCAACCGAUGGUUUGACAAAACCCUUCAAUUCAUCAUUGCUGAGGAUGGCUCCUGCGGGCUUGUAUACGAGCACGCUCCCUCAGAAGGGCCGCCCAUCGUUGCUCUUCUGGAUCACAUCGUGGAGUACACGAAGAAACCCGAGAUGGUGAGAUCGCCCAUGAUUCCUUUGCCAAUGCCCAAAAAGCUGCGGUUUAACAUCACCCCAGAAAUCAAGAGUGACAUAGAGAAGGCAAAGCAGAACCUCAACAUAAUGGUUGAAGACCUGGAUAUCAAAGUCAUGGUCUUUCAUCAGUUUGGGAAAACCUUCCCCAAGGCAGAGAAGAUAAGUCCUGAUGCUUUUAUCCAGGUGGCUUUGCAGUUAGCGUAUUACAGGAUGUACGGCCAUGUCUGUGCCACAUACGAGAGUGCAUCACUACGGAUGUUCCGCCUGGGCCGCACAGACACCAUCCGCUCCACUUCUGUAGACUCUCUAAAGUUUGUGCAGGCAAUGGACAGCCCUGACAAAUCGGACCAGGAGAAAGUAGAUUUACUGAGGAGAGCUACACAGGCGCACAGGGAAUACACGGAUAUGGCAAUAAGGGGCAAUGCAAUAGACCGCCACCUCUUGGGCUUGAAGCUUCAAGCUAUUGAGGACCUCGUGAGCAUCCCUGAACUGUUCAUGGACACAGCAUAUGCUGUUGCAAUGCACUUCAACCUCUCAACCAGCCAGGUCCCAGCAAAGACAGACUGUGUGAUGUGUUUUGGUCCCGUGGUUCCAGAUGGCUAUGGAAUCUGUUACAACCCUAUGGAUGAACACAUCAACUUUGCCAUUUCAGCAUUCAACAGCUGUGCCGAGACAAAUGCAGCCCGCAUGGCACAUUAUCUCGAGAAGGCACUGCUAGACAUGAGGAGCUUGCUCCAGUCCACUCCCAAAUCCAAACUGUAAGAGGCAAACAUGAUGCAAAACCCCCAGCUAAAGGGGCUCUUCCUCAUGCACUGAUGUUCCCAGUUCCAGAGAAAAUGAUUGAGGUGAUUCCUUGCCCUGGAACCUAGGAGGGCACCUAUGAUUUGUUUUCAGCAAGAGGUUACAGAACAGUCAUCUGCAGGUAUUAGUGGUGAGAGGAAACGCUGCCUUAAACCAAAGUAGAACUGACCUGUUCUCUCCCAUCAAUGCAAAGUGCACCUUCCUGUCCUCAAAGAGGACUGAAAUAUUAUUUUUAUGGAACUUACUGUAAAGGAAUACUGAAAGCACAGUCCUUACCAUAUCUAAAUCCAUUUGGUGAGGAAGGUAGUUCUUCUCCAGGAAAAGCGCAGAAUUACAUGAUGGAACUACCGUAAGUCCAAGUCUUUUUGCUGGUUUAGUCUUCCAAAGAGUCCAGCAUCUUUCAAACUUGACUGAAGAUUUUUCUGCUGCUCCAGCAAAACGUCACCAUUGAACUUCAGCAAGGGGAGAAAGAAGUUCUUAAGUCAGAGCAGAUCCAGCCUUGUUAGAGUGCACUGCACUACUUAUCCCAGGCACUCUGACCAGUACAUGCUUUACAGGCCUGGGAAUGUUCCCUUCCCCUUGUUUUAGGAUGCUGGGAUCUCCUUUCUGUUGCACUGACCCUAUUAACAACAGAAUAUCAUUUGCUACAAACUAAGGUGGGUUUUUCGUUGUUGUUUUGGGCUUUUUGUUAAGCUUGCUGCUGCAGUCCUAGCCAUGGAUCUUCAGGCUCAGUGUAAAGCUUUUUCACCACAAAGCUUCAUCAAAACUUAAGGUUUUGCGAGCUGUGGCUUUAUGUAUCUUCACAUUUGCAGAGCUGCGAAGGGAUUGCCUAUGCCUUUAGCAGGACACUUGCUUCGUUGUACCUUUGUUUGGCACUGAGGAAAACAAAAAGAUGCUGACCUUUUGUUUACUACCCCGAACGCCAAGCCUUCAGUGCACACAUUAGCCCAAUGUGAUUUUAUACUUGACUUACAGAAACAACAUAUUUGUGCAUAUGUUAAGCCUCAGUUAUGGACAAAUAAGAAUGCUUCUGAUCUGGAACUC